AUGUCCUCCUACAGAUGUCAAGAGAAGAGAGUACUGAAAAGCCAUGAUUGUGUCCUGCUCUACCAAUCCGAGACAGAGGGAGAUGAAAGCCCUGCUUCUGACAGCAGCCUGCUCAGACUCACUACCAGUAUGCUGAAGGUGAAGAGGCUGGAGGAGAUCAGCUCAUGCCACAGCAGCAACCCUCUGGAGAAGGUGGCCUUUUUUCAGUGCAUGGAAGAGGUGGAGAAGGUGAAAUGCUUUCUGGAAGAGAGCUCUGGCAAUCUGGAUCUGCAGUCUGGAGACAACGAGGCUGAGGAAAAUGUGUGGUCCAACCCAGCACUGAAUGAAAGGACAAUUGUCAAAGGUGGAAGGACAUCAGCCCUCACAGAUGAUGUCCCCGCUCCCAUGGCCCCAUUUGAUCAUCGGAUUGUAAUGGCCAAACAUGCUGCAGUGGACAGUCUGUACACCGUGAGCAAAUCUGAGAUCUUAGGAGGGGGCCGUUUUGGCCAGGUUCACAAGUGUGAAGAGAAAGCAACCGGCCUGAAGCUGGCUGCUAAAAUCAUUAAGACUAGAGGUGUAAAGGACAAGGAUGACGUGAAGAACGAGAUUAACGUCAUGAACCAGCUGGACCACGUGAACCUCAUUCAGCUCUACGAUGCCUUUGAGUCCAAGCAUGACAUCGUCCUUGUCAUGGAGUAUGUGGAGGGUGGGGAGCUGUUUGAUCGUAUCAUUGAUGAAAACUGCAACUUGACAGAGCUGGACACCAUCGUGUUCAUGAAGCAGAUCUGUGAAGGGAUCCAGUACAUGCACCAGAAUUACAUCCUCCACUUGGACCUCAAGCCUGAGAACAUCCUGUGUGUGAAUCGGGAUGCUAAGCAAAUAAAGAUUAUUGAUUUUGGAUUGGCCAGAAGAUAUAAGCCCAGAGAGAAGCUAAAGGUGAACUUUGGAACUCCAGAAUUUCUUGCCCCUGAAGUUGUAAACUAUGAUUUUGUUUCCUUUCCUACGGAUAUGUGGAGUGUGGGCGUCAUCACAUAUAUGCUACUCAGUGGCUUGUCACCUUUUUUGGGCGAUAAUGACGCAGAGACGCUGACCAAUAUCCUGGCAUGCAGGUGGGAUUUAGAAGACGAGGAAUUUCAGGACGUCUCAGAGGAGGCCAAGGAGUUCAUCUCUAAGCUCCUGAUUAAGGAGAAGAGUUGGAGAAUAAGUGCCAGCGAAGCCCUCAAGCACCCCUGGUUAUCAGACCACAAGCUCCACUCAAGGCUGAGUGCACAGAAAAACUGCAGUUCUGCUGCUCAGAACCUCACGACCAAAUAA